GUCGCAGCGGGAUGUCGUCCGGAUCACAAGCACCCUGCGAGGCGUCAUGACGCCGACAAAAUGGCCGGGAGUCCGGGGCUAAAGUGAGGCAGGAGAUCAAAAACACUGGCAAGCUAACCGCUAAUGGGACAAUAAUGUGACGAUUCUGUCCUCCUUGUCUUUGAGACAUUUUAUGUAACGUGCCGCCCGUCGACGUCGGAGAAGGUUACGAGCGCACGACCGUUCUCGGUAGAUAGUAAGCUAACGACGCUAGCUAGCCAGCUAGCUAGGCUAGGCUAGCUGACACAACUCUUCAGCGAAAAGCUCGUAAAAAGUUGUGCUCCUGAAUAAAAAAAAAACAAAAACAAACAAAGCUGCCACUCCCCGGGCACGCUUAAGUCGGGCGAGGGGUUAUUUAUUUGUUCGCCUGCUGCUGCUAGCUGGCCUCGCGUCUAGCUAACGGACACCCGCUUGUGACAUUAGUAUUAUUGUUUGUUUGGAAAAGGUCUUCGAUAUUGUUAGAAUACUGUCAUGUCUGCCGAACAGGACGAGGUGUCCACUUAAACGUCAUCGAACAAGCAGCGGACAGUUCGGACAAGAAUCUGUCAGACAUCACCGCCAUGGCCCAGCCUCCUGUUCGACGGAACUUGCCCGGUAUGCAGAAUGUCCGAGUAGACCCGGAGCAGUUUUUCACCAAGCUGGAGCGCAUUGGCAAGGGUUCCUUUGGCGAGGUCUUCAAGGGCAUCGACAAGCGAACUCAGAAAGUGGUGGCCAUCAAGAUCAUUGACCUGGAGGAAGCCGAGGAUGAGAUUGAAGACAUUCAACAGGAGAUCACUGUGCUGAGCCAGUGUGACAGCCCCUUUGUCACUAAGUACUACGGCUCCUACUUGAAGGACACCAAGUUAUGGAUCAUCAUGGAGUAUUUAGGAGGAGGCUCUGCUUUAGAUUUGAUGGAGCCAGGUGCUCUGGAUGAGACCCAAAUCGCCACCAUACUGAGAGAGAUCCUCAAGGGGCUGGAGUAUCUACACUCGGAGAAGAAGAUCCACAGGGAUAUCAAAGCUGCUAACGUGCUGCUUUCUGAGCAAGGCGAGGUCAAGCUGGCAGAUUUUGGCGUGGCAGGCCAGCUUACCGACACCCAGAUCAAGCGCAACACCUUUGUGGGCACGCCCUUCUGGAUGGCUCCUGAAGUCAUUAAACAGUCUGCAUACGACUCUAAGGCUGAUAUCUGGUCUCUGGGAAUAACUGCUAUUGAGCUGGCGAAAGGCGAGCCGCCUCACUCGGAGCUCCAUCCUAUGAAGGUUUUGUUUCUCAUCCCAAAGAACAACCCCCCAACCCUGGAGGGAAACUACAGCAAGCCACUCAAAGAGUUUGUUGAAGCCUGCCUCAACAAAGAGCCCAGUUUUAGGCCAACUGCCAAAGAGCUGCUGAAGCAUAAGCUAAUUGUACGCCAUGCUAAGAAGACAUCCUACUUAACUGAACUGGUAGACAAGUACAAACGCUGGAAGGCUGACCAGUCCAGAACCACAGAAUCCAGUUCUGAUGAGUCUGAUUCGGAGCAGGACGGGCAGGCUUCAGGCGGAAACGACUUUGGCAGCGACGACUGGAUCUUCACCAUCCGGGAGAAAGACCCUAAGAAGCUGCAAAAUGGAGAGGGACAGUUGGGGGCGACAGAGCAGAUGAUAGACAUUCCAAAGAGGCCUUAUUCACAGAACCUGUCCACAGUCAUUUCUCCGGCAUUCGCAGAGCUGAAGUCCAGGCAGGAACAGGUAAGCCGGAACCCUUUGGUCCUUGAUGACUUGAAGGAGUCCAUCCUGCGGGCGGAAGAGGCUUACCCCGGCAUUACCGAUUCCCUGGUGGCUCACAUGGUCCACAGGCUUCAGAGUUUUUCCACAAGCAGGUCAUCCUCCUCUGCACCCUAGGGAGUGAUUCAAUGCUGCCCUCCUACUGAAGCAUCUCGUCCAGCAACACAUCCCGCAAUAACUGCACUUGGAACUGAGACCAUUGGUUGCGCGCGCAGUACUAGCUUAUUUUUAAGCUCUUGGCUUCUAGAGACUUCUUUCAAGACACGCUGGACACUUCUAGCCUGGAUCGCUACGUGGUGUUUGUCUAUCAAUGAACUGAAGCUCACAAAGGCCGAGAGCAGACUUCAACCCACCACGCUUAAAUUUCAAGCAAGGAGCGUGUCCCAUCAGAACCUCACACGCACCAACAUGCCUACAGGUGAACAGCAGAGUUCUUCAUGCAAAACCUCAGGUAAAGCGCUUUAAACACCCUUGUCAGUGGGCAGGGUCUUCUUCCGGAUCCCAGUUCAUUGGCUGUGUCUCGAUCGGUGCACUUGCGUACUUACACUCAGUCUUGUAAGUACAUAAGUCUGUUCAGACUGCCAAGUGCGUGACAAUACAGUACACUGCGAUAUUGCCCUUGAAAACUUACCACCCUUGGUAGUUGCCAACUUGUCUACGUUGCAGAAAAGGAGGGACUAACUUAACUGGUUACAAUUGAAAAGAAUAAGUUAUAUUGCUACCAUUUCCAGAAAGUCUGACAGUCCUGGAUUUGUGGCACCACACAGUCAACAUUCACACACUCAAGACUACGUACACUGUAGUACCUUGUUUUUGGUCUGUAAUCCCUUCCACAAGGUCAGAUAAACAGAAAAUAGUAAUUUUCCAGAGCAGUAAUGUUGUAAAAUUUAUGAGUCAGUGUCAGAAACCCAACAAUAAGGAGUAGAAUACCUAUAGUGUUACAUGCACAAAAACAAUGUCAAAUACAAUGGAACCUCGAUUUACAAACUUGAUUGGUUCUUCAAUAGGCUUCAUAAAUAAAACUAUUUGGUUUCAGGAAACAAUGUUAACGUAAUCAUUAGUUUACAUUUUACUAAAAGCUUGUACACUUUGAACACAAUAUAAAGUGCUGUACUGUACUGUAUCCCAGUAAUACAUACCAAGGGAUAAAUGGAUUACCUUUCUAUUUAAUACCAAAGUCAAAAAAAUUCAUCUUAACUGUUGUCAUUCCUAUGCAGCCGCCACACACACGCACACAUUUUCUUUUCUGUGAGUUUUAAUCACCAUCACAAUCAAUUUACUUCAAGGAUGGCGCUCGCUUGCUUUUUAAAGUAUUUUUUUUACGUCAGCCAUUUCAAUAACGUCAACUUGUCACAAUAAAUGCAGAACAAUUUCUGAGCACACGUAUGUACACGCAGACAAGAUUCGUACAACAAAGCGUAUUUAUUAUUCGGUCUGUGGUUUCUUAAUUAGAAAAAUUAUUUGGGCACUCUGCGAAUGAUUCACAAUCAAACUGACUAGUUUAUUACAUGCGAUGUUUUGGCCCUGGGAAAAAUGUAGGCAACAUUUACAAUGAACAUUGAGGUACCACUGUACUAAGGUGUACACAUUAUACUUAUAUAAGUGUACUGACGCAAGUACUCCAUUUGAGACACAGUCAAGGUGUACGAGAUGGCACACGUAGAUGCUGAUCAAAGUUUUAAAAGACGAUGCGAUUGAACAGAGAAUGCUUAGAUGAUGUCUGUUAUGCUUUCUCAUCCUUUGAUUUAUAUGGGGUUUGUUUGCAAGAACAUCCCAGAAGUCUUUUCUUUCAGUUUCAAUCCACCAUCACAAUCAGUUUGCUUCAAAGAUGGGGCUUGCUUGUUUUUUAAAGUCCAUUUUUUUCAAUGUCCACCAUUUCAAAAACGCCAACUUGACACAUUAUAUGCAGAAAAGUUUCUAAGUACAGCCUUUAAUAGAUGAUUGAACUUUUUCAACCAGGGGUGUCCAAAAGUGUUCCACUAAGGUCUGCAUAUCAAAGAAUGUAAGGGACGAGCGGUUGUUUUGAAUGUCUUUACAUUUUAAUCAAACAAAUCAAUCCAAAUUGUCCAAAAAAAAUAAAAAAACAGCCUCCUUAAACAUCUCAACCGCUAUUAAAUGUGGAGGUACUUCAUGUUUCACAACAUUCUGUAAAGUUAAGACAAUGUAUUUUGCAAUCAUAGUCCCAAUUGAUCAAUAGAUUGGAAGUUAACAUGUUAACUACUAGCAUUGUUUGAAUUUCCAUUUCAUAUGGACAGUUCCAAAAUUGAAAUAUAUAGCAGUUCAGACCUUAUGUACAUAACUAGUUAGUUUUAUGUAAUCUAACUUUCUUGGUGCUAACUUUAGCAGUGCAGUCUAAACAUAUUGCAUUGACAUUUAGAACUUUCUAAAAACUGAAUAUUUAAGCAAUGUGUCAACACAGGUUGUUGGUAUGCUUAAUGUUAGCUCAAAACGCUAGCAUCACAUUGACAAUAUCAUUGUCCACUCCCAAUACUGUUGCGAUGUGCUCAGCACGAGAGCAAAGGUCAGUGCUGAUGAAUGCUGGACUGACCAUUGCCUCAACCACUCCACCAUGUCUAUCCGUCUGAUGCGAAAAAGAAGGCGCCAAAAGGGACAAACUUGCUGAAGAUUUAACAUUGAGCGAAAUAAUUUACCAACAGUUGCAGGCAGCCCUCCAUUCAGACUUGCCAGACCAGUACCCACAAGAUAUUGAAAAUCAUUGGGACACCCUUUCUGCUACCGUCAUGAACUCUUGCAAGCCAUCCUUGGUCACAAAAUGCAGAGAUAUCAAGACCGGUAGGAUGAAAACGAUACCGAAAUUUAGCAGCUUAUCAACACCAAGCAGAAAACCUUCCUCUGCAACUGUAAGGAUAAAAGUAAAAGCCGAAGUAAAAUCAGCUUUCUAAUCACAGGUUAGGAACCAGUGGUGGACACAAAAAGCCCUGGAAAUCCAACAGCUUGCUGAUUAUGGAUAACCAGAUGCUUUUUUUGAAACCACAAGAGCAAUAUAUGGCCCUAUCCAUCAUUGCCUCUGAUCCCCCUUUCGCUUUGAGGAAGGACCCUCCCUGAUGGAGGACAAGGACACCAUAACACACGGGUGGAAGAAGCACUAUGAAGAGCUUCCAAACAGGGACACCAUGUCUGAGUUUGAAACCUUGGGUGAACUCCCCCAACUGCUGAUCAUUGAGAGUAUGGAAGAACCACUCAUUCUGAAAGAGGUGCAGGACGCUCUCGGAACGAUGAAAAACAAGGCUCCUGGGUCUGAUGGCAUCCCAGCUGAGGUCCUGAAAGAAGCUGGGCUUGAACACAUCUACUCCCUGCUCAUUGAAAUAUGGGGAAAAGAGGAAAUACCAGCACAGCUAAGGUAUGCUUUAGUCAUCUCCCUCUUUAAGAAGGGUGACAAAGCAGACUGCGAGAACUGCCAUAGUAUUUCCCUUUUUUCCACCAUAGGAAAGGCGUUAGCUCGGGUGUCGGGCAACAGACUCAACCCCAUGUCCGAAAGAACUCUUCCUGAGUCGGAAUCGAUUCCGUUCAGAGGCACUAUGGGUAUAUUUAUAAGUUGCUUGUCAGAAAUUGAACUGGAAAUUGUGAUGUGUCAUGUUGUAUGCAUGCAUGUUCGAAAUAAACACAAACUCAACUUAACUCAACUCAGCUGCAGGAAAAGUGCCUGAAAACAGAAUUCGCUUCUACACAUGGCCUUCAUAGACCUCACCAAAUACUUUCCCUUAGUCAACCAUCAGGCGCUCCGGCUGGUGCUGGCAAAAAUUGGCUGCCCAGAAAAAUCCAUCAUGGUGUUGCAGCUGCUGCCCUACAACAUGUAUGCCACUGUAUUGACUGGCUUUCCAGAUGAAACGGAACCCUUUUGGGUUGACACAGGAGUCAAGCAAGGACACGUUAUUGCACCAUCACUGUUUUCCAUCUUCAUUGCAGCCAUCCUUCUACCACAGGGAGUCAAUAUUAUGUACAGCAACAGAUUUAAGGUUGAAUGUCGAACCACUACCUUAUCGAUAACAGAGCUGCAGUAUGCAGAUAUUAAUGCUCGUGUAGCCCUUUCAGAAGAGGACCUACAGUGCACCUUGACUGCUUUUGUGAAAGGUCACAAACAGCUUGAUCUGUCCAUCAACACCAAGAAGACUCAAAGCACUCUCCCUAACAUCUCCAUUGAAAACACCAGGUUGUAAAAUGUAGACCACUUCCCAUAUCUUGGCAGCUUUUUGUCAUCUAAAGCCACCAUUGAUAAAGAGCUACACCACCGUCUCAGCUGUAUCAGCGGAGCAUACUCUAGGCCAGUGGUUCUUAACCUUGUUGGAGGUACCGAACCCCACCAGUUUCGUAUGCGCAUUCACCAAACCCUUCUUUAGUGAAAAAUAUAUAUACAUAUUUAUUUCAAAUUCAAGACAAAGUUAUAUGUUUUUGGUAACACUUUAGUAUGGGCAACAUAUUCUAAAAGUAACAAAGACUUAAUUUAGAGUUAUUUGGACACUAAGGGAUAAUAUUCUAAGUUACAAAGACUUAAUUUAGUUAUUUGGAAACUAGGGGAACAUAUUCUAAGUUACAAAGACUUAAUUUAGAGUUAUUUGGAAACUAGGGGAACAUAUUCUAAGUAACAAAGACUUAAUUUAGAGUUAUUUGGACACUAGGGGAACAUAUUCUAAGUAACAAAGACUUAUUUCAGUUAUUUGGUUAGGGUCAGGGUUAGAGGGUUAGGUUAUAUUAAGGCCAUGCCUAAUAAGGCAUUAAUGAGUACUUAAUAAUGACUAGUUAAAAGCCAAUAUGUUACUAAUUUGCAUGUUAAUAAGCAACUAAUUAAUGGUGAAUAUGUUCCCCAUACUAAAGUGUGACAAUGUUUUUUUUUUUACUGGUGCACAAAAUGAACCGUGAAUGAACAUCACCUUUUUUAGACAGCAAAACCAACACAGUGCAUUAACUUACAACAAAAAACAGACCUGAAAAUCAUUGAACUGUUGCCGAAUCCGUAUUAAAAAAAACAGACCUGAAAAUCAUUGAACUGUUGCCGUAUCCGUAAUACAAUGACAGGGAGAAGUUUGUAUUCAUACAAUGAGUCGGGUGUGUUUUGACCUCCGCCGAACCCCUGAGGCCGACUCACUGAACCCCUAUAGUUCGAUCGAACCCAGGUUAAGGACCACUGCUCUAGGCUAAAGAAAAGGGUCUUUGCGAACCAUGACCUCUAGGCAAAGACCAAAAUAUUAGUCUACAAAGAUGUGCUGCUCCCCACUCUCCUGUAUGAGUCAGACACAUGGACAACAUAUAGCAAGCAUCUGAGAUCACUCAAGGCCUUCCAUCAGAGGCACCUCCAAAGAAUCCCCAGGACGGACCAACACCAGCAUCCUGGAGGAGGCUGGCAUCUUUGCUAUCACCGUCACCAUUGCCCAACACCUGCUCAGUUGGACUGACCAUGGGAUUAGGAUGCCUGACUUUCAACUUCCCAGACAAGUCCUGUACUCUUCGCUUGCCCAUGGAAAGUGUGUCCCAGGGGGCCAAAAGAAAAGGUAGAAAGACAACAUCAAGGAUAAACUCAAGAAGUGCCAUAUAUGCUUAAAACCUGGGAGGCUACAGCGACGAACACGGCCAACUGGAGGGAAACUGUCUGUAACGGGGUUGCACAGUACAAUAAUGACCUCUUGUCUAUGAAGGUGCUCAUUCAUCCAGGUCGUUGUCAUCUCAGUCCAAUUGCGAUCGAUUGAAUGCCCUGUGAUAAUAAUGAUCUCCACAUUAAUGCAGAGCAGAAGCACAGACAAACUAAAAAGAUCACCUCCACUCAGAAGGUUCCACUAAAACUCACAACUGCCCACCCAUGUCACAUGUCACCGAACUAUGUGGGUCUAGGAUUGGCCUCUUCACCCUCCUGAAAACCCAUAAGGACAAAGAAGGAAGACGACAGACAUACUCAACCAUGCGUGUCUGCCAAUGAUGUUAGCAUUUUGCUGGCAUACUGCCCAUGUCUCAAAUGCCGGAGGUUAGCAACAGAUACUGGGCCCAUUUUGCCAGUUAUUAUUAUUUUGGCAUCUAAAUCACCUUUUUUGAGGGCUUUUACAUAUUCAAUCAAAUACCAAAUGUUUUAAAAGUGUGUCCAGCCGGAAAUUGUUCACGUUAUUCAUGGCAGGACAUGCUGAACUCGUCCAAAACCCAUUCGGUUGGCAGAUGCCAUUUUUUGGGAAUACAUUUUCUGUGCAAGGGUCAGAUGCAGGCUGUGUUUAAUUUUCUAUUUAGAGUAUGUUAUAGUCCACAUAAAAAAAAAUAGCUAUGAGCCACAAAAUGCCUGUAGGAUGCACUUUGGAUACCCCCGCGUUCAAUGGUUAUGUCAAACGCCACUCUUAAUGCUCUCUGCACACAAGAACUGCCAUGUUUCAUUUUAGGUUUAUUAGCCAUGACAUCUAAUUUCAUAUUUUUUAUAUUUCAACUAUGUUUGCACAAUGUAAGUGUGGCCAUUAUUUCAAGAAAACGGAAAGCGAAAGUUAAAGACAAGUUGCUAAUAGCCAUGUUUUGCUACGUUUACUGGAGAAUCUACUACUGUCCUAAUGCAGCAAUAACAAGUCGGAUUAAUCGUUAUACAGGGAUGAAGACGAAUUCACAAAUAUAUAUCAACUGUAUUUUUAUAACAGCAGACAUAGAAUGCUUUACAGAUACCUGAUAAAGCUACACAGUGGGAAAACAUUACGCUGAGGAAAGAACUAUAAAACGUGUACAUUUUGUUGUAUCAUGGCUGGCAAAUUAUAGAAGUGUUUAUAUUUGCUUGUCAUCUCAAGGUAAAUGUUAAGCUUUUAAAGUGAAAUAAAAAAAUAAAGAUAUAAUGUUACACUCA